AGCACUCCGGCCCCAACCCCAGCGCCGGCCCCGGCCCGCCCCCAUGUUCCCCGCCCCUCCGCUCCCCGCCGCUCCGCGCCCGCCCCGGGCCGCCCAUAAAAGGGGACCCGCGCCCGCACGCCCCCGCCCGCCGCUCUGCGCCGCCGGCCGCCGGGCGCCCCGGCCAUGGCUAAGGACCAGCUGAAACCGCGGUUGUGCCGAAUGCUGAAGGGGGAGAGCGGGUACGGCUUCCACCUGCACGGCGAGAAGGGCAAGAACGGGCAGUUCAUCCGCAAAGUGGAGCCCGGGUCGCCGGCCGAAGCGGCGGGACUGCGCGCCGGGGACCGCGUCGUCGAGGUGAACGGGCACAACGUGGAGCAGGAGACGCAUCACCAGGUUGUGCAGCGCAUCAAAGCUGUGGAGUCAGAGACACGCUUGCUGGUGGUGGACAAGGAGACGGACGAGUACCUGUGCAGCCUGCGCCUGACGUGCACAGAGGAGAUGGUGCACGGCGGGAUCCUGCUCAACUCCGGCCUCUCGCCCACCAAGUCAGUGGGCAGCGACAAUGGGGAGGUCUGGAAGCCGCAGCUGGACCUGAGCGGGGACAGCCUCUCCCGGCACACACACAGCUUCUCGUCGCAUGGCAGCAGGAAGCAGGAUUUAAAUGGGCAGAAGGAGCUGUGCCCGCGUCUCUGCCACCUGAAGAAAGGCCCCAACGGCUACGGCUUCAACCUGCACAGCGAGAAGUCCCGGCCGGGCCAGUUCAUCCGCUCAGUCGACCCCGACUCGCCGGCCUCCCGAGCGGGGCUGCGGCCCCAGGACCGGCUGGUGGAGGUGAACGGGAUAAACGUGGAAGGGCUGCGGCACUCAGAGGUGGUGUCCCACAUCAAAUCCCAGGAGAAUGAAGCCAGGCUGCUGGUGGUGGACCCCGAAACAGAUGAGUACUUCAAGAAGCUGGGGGUUACCCCCACAGAGGACCACACCAAAGGUGUGGUACCCCAGCCCCUGACAAAUGGAUCUGCACAGACUCAGCUGAAUGGAGGAUCCACAUCUUCAUCUCACAGUGACCUUCAAAGUCCUGGGAAGGAAUCAGAGGACGGAGAUGUGGAGAAGAAGGACCCGUUUGAGGAGAGCGGGCUGAGCCUGAGCCCCACGGCCGCCGAGGCCAAGGAGAAGGUGAGGGCCAAGCGGGUGAAGAAGCGAGCUCCGCAGAUGGACUGGAACAAGAAGCGCGAGAUUUUCAGCAAUUUCUGAGCCUCGCUGGUGGCUCCAGCCGCCGCUCACCUGCCCCUGCCCUGGCUCGGACAUUUUGGAGGUGCCUACGCCCUGUGUCCAUGUGAGAUGCUUUGUGCUCUGCUCUUCACUGGUUGCUUCUACAAGGCGUAUUUUAAAGUCUUUUUUUUUUUUUUUUAAUUUUUUUAUUAUUGUUAUUGUUACUCACCAGCGAUUCUCAUAAGACAAAUGUGACCAAAGCUCCUUUUCUCGCUUGCUCUUCAGCCUGGCUCUGGCCGCCUGCCGUCCCCUGUUCCUGUGAGAAAGGACUGGAAGAGUUUAACUCUUGUUUCUUACCUGCAGCAUUUAGGCUUCUACUACUUUUUGUUUAUAGUGUAGGGUGUUUGUUUUGGUUUUGCGGGUGUCCCAGGCUGAGCCCCGUGGGAUGCUCUGUGCCCCUGUGGGGUGGGGUGUCCCUGAGGCCCCUUCCCCGCCACCCCGUCUGCACGUUAACUACUCACACGAUGGGAAAAUGGACAGUGGCUGUAAAUUGCUCUUGUUGGCUUUUGCUAUUGAAAUGAAAAGUUUUUGUUUUUUAAUGAAGUCUCAUAUGUUUCCAGUUAAUUUAGGAACCUCCCUCCUCACCAGUGACUUCUGCCCUGGCAAUAGAAGCCCUUUUUUCAUUCCUGACAGCUCUGCGGAGGGGAGAGGGCAGGAUUUAAAAACAAAACUGUCGAUGCAGCGCUGAGCUGGGGGGGAAAGGCAGGAGCGGCAGGGCCCUGGGUGCUGGAACAGGAUCCGUGUCCUUUAUUUGUUAUUACUGGGCUAUGUUUGCUGCCUCCAGCCCCUGAGCGUGACCCAGUCCCCAUCUCCGUGUCAGGAGCGUGUCCUCUGAAGCUGUGGGGUCUCCGUGGGGCUGGCUGUGUGUGGUGGGGUGGGUGAUGCUUUGCCUUUCCGUGGCCUCCUUUGGAAACACCCUGCUCAUGGGAUUAGAGCCUCAAAAAUGGAUCUUUACAGCAUUACAAAUUAAGCCCAUUUAAGCUCUUUAUUACUUGCCUUUGGCUGUAAAUGUGGGCAGAUGAUUAAGAGGUUGCAGAGGUGUUUUACAAGCCUGUCCCUGCCUGGGAUUUCAGCUCAAACGCCCCGGCAGCAGCAGGAGGGGACCAGGCACAGCAGGAUGGGCAAGUAUGAAACCACUUUCCCCAGCUGAAAGCAAAUGGCAGCAAUUGCUUGGAUGUCAAUGAGCAUUUUAAAAUGCAGUGCUGGGAUUUUGCCAUGUGUUAACUCCAGCACUACUGUGUUACCAGCCUUUGGCUUGGUCAGUGCUGUGAAUAUUGGAAUGUAUUUCCUGAGUAUUGAGCUAAAUGGUGCCUUAGAACCUGGACUGCUGUCCUGGGCAGCGGGUUGGUGUGCAGAGCUGGGACAUUUGGCUUCUCUGCGGCUGUUGGCUGGUGGGCAAGACAGCACGGACAGCCUAGUGGUGAAGGAGAUGAGUUCUCUUUUAGGAAAGGUCUCUCUUAGGAAUGUUGAUGGGCUGAACAGGUUGAAAAUAAUGACUUAGGAGAGGAAGCGGUGCAGGUGUUGGGUUAUUGGUGACAGGUCUGGCGGGGGGAUGAUGGCUCAGGAUGUGGAGACAUUUGCCUCCCCCCAGCACUCUUCCCUACCCCACUUCAAAUAUAUUACCUGCUCUCUUUUUGAUCCCCUAAAUAUUUGCUUCUGUAAAUUGGUAAUCUUUUGAAGGAGCCCUUUUUUCCCUGGUAUGCACGUUGCUUCCCAUGCCCGCAUAACCAAAGCUCAGGCAGUGCCCUGGUGUGUGCGGGGCAGAGCGUUCCCUGUAUCGCUGACCCAAACUUUGCGCUCUCCGAUGCAUGUCAGAGAGCAAAGACAUAUUGUAAAUACCACAUCUCUCAUACAAGACUGGACCACUGUAGUUAAGGGAGGGGGAAAGAACAUGUAGUUUUGAAUGCAGAUCAAAAGAAAUCAGGUGUGCAACUCUAUACUGAUAAGAUUAUUUUUUUUUUUAAAUCUUAAUCUCUGCUUAGUCCAUGGAAACUGCUCCUGAUUAAAGCACUUAUCAUAUUUCUGACAUCUUGUAGCUCAGUAGUAAUUAUUCAGUUCCUGUACAUUUAACUUGGAAAAAAAAUCAAUACAGUAUAAGGCUAUCAGCUGCAUUGUAAAAACAUGUACACUGUAAUAUCAGUAAUAAACUUGGUUUCCCAUGUACUGAGUA